GAUAACCUGGCAAAUGUGAUCCUCUCUGUGUCACCCUUUCAGCACCCAGACACCCAAAAACGCUGUGGUCAGUGUGGGCUGUGAUAAAGUAGACAAUAUUCUUUCCUCUCUCUUUUGAAGUCCUGGACAAGAUGACCUUCAUGAAAGCCAUGAAGGAUAAUCUGAGCAGCAUGUCAGAUGAUGUGAUAGAGGCGCUGUUUUUCAAGAUGGACGUAGACGGCACUGGCUUCAUCACUUGGUCGAACUGUGUGGAUUACAUGAUGCACGAGUUCCGGAGAAAGGAGUUGAUGAGGAAGAGCCAGUACCACCUGCGUUUUCAAUUGCCCAUGAAGGUCAUCCCCCUGAAUCAUGGGUGUGAGGUUGUGAAAGUGGUGUUCUUAAUACAGCGGUUCAAGAAGACUGGGCAUUUUCUGACUGUCACUAAGGAGGGGAGCCUGCAGUUCUGGUCGGAGUCCUUCUCUCUGAUCAGCUCCUUUGAGCUUAACCAGAUACAGCCGCUCCACAACCAGCAGCUGUGGGUCAUGGACAUGGUGUGUCUCCACAACAUGAACCUAGUUGCGAUUGCAUCCACUGACCAGAAGAUAGAGUUCUUUGAUAUUACAAAUCGUAACUGUUCCCGGGCCUUCACCUUCACCGAUCUGGAAGGCUGCCCUCUAGUUAUGGACUACUGGUCUGACUAUCACAGAGGUGUGUUCUGCUUCGGAGACACCAAAGGCAACGUCAUCGUCUUCACCUCCGACAAUGUGGCCAAUGGGCUGUUCAACCCCCGAAUCCUCCCCAGGACCUCCAAGUGGGAUCACUGGACCAGUAUUUCCACAAAGAAGCUGUUAAAUGAGAAGUCCCCUUUUUAUAAAAGUUACCGACUGAAGGCUCUCCAUCGCAACUGGUGCCAAAAGGUCAGGUUCAUCCCCGAGAUGAACCUGGUGGCCUCCUGCUCAGUUAUCACAAAGUCCUCUCUGGUGCUGUCAAUAUUGCCUUCCAAAGCCUCCGAGACCACCAGGUUCUCGGUGCUGAAUUUAAGAAAAGGAAUUAUUUGCUUUGAUUACUGCGUAGACAAGAACUUCCUGGUGACUGGUGGCUAUGACUCCCACAUCCGCAUGUGGAGCCCCUUCUACUCGAAAAAGCCCGUGUGGCUGCUGAGGGGGCAUCAGACCUCGGUGAUGCACAUGCUGGUGAACACCAAGAACAGCAACAUCCUCAUCAGCAUCUCCAAGGACAAGAAUAUCCGCGUGUGGGACCUGCAGGAGUAUAUAUGCAUCCAAUCCUUCUGUGGCAGGCUUUUUGCCCUGGGAAACUGCCCCAUCACCAGCAUCUACCUCCGGGAGAAUGACAACACCCUCAUCUGCAGCACCUAUUCAAUUGGGAUCCUAAAAGGGUACGUGGAGACCGAGGAGCCUGGGAGAACCGAGGAGAAGACCACGACUUACAGCGCGCCCCUGUGUGCUGUCCUCUACAGCAAGGUUUUUAAGCAGGUGGUGAGCGGCAGUGUGACCGGCGUGGUGAGUGUGUGGGAGAUCAUCACAGGCAAGAGGACCGUAGAGUUCUUGGUGAGCCGCGACCAGCAAGUGGAGCUGACUGCCAUGACCCUGGAUGAGCCCGAGCGGUGCCUGCUCACGGGGUCGCGUGACGGCACCAUAAAGAUGUGGAACUAUGGCACUGGCGAAUGCCUGCUCACCUUCCCCAACCCCGACAAGGUGGAGAUUAGUGGGAUUAUCCAUAUGAAUAAAGUGUUCUACGUGAGCGGGUGGAAUAAGAGAAUCACUUCGUACAAGUUCCACAAGGCCAAGCCGGUGAUCUUGUGCGACCACUGGGAGACCUUCCACACCGAGGAUAUCCUGAGUGUGUCCAAGUACCAGAACCAGUUCAUCGGGACCUCCUCCUACAACGGGGACAUCCUCUUCUGGAACGUCAACAUGCUCAAGCCCAUCCUCAAAUUCAACGCCUCUCAGAGCCCCUUGCCCUUGCUGCUUCAGAGGGUGCAGAGAGAGGAUGGGAGCGUGGUUGAGAGCCUCAGGAGCAGCGACCCCUGUGUGGAGGAGCCGAAGUGGGCACACAAAUCCAGCGUGUAUUCUCUGGACCACAGCACCAAGACUGUGGCCAACACCAAACCGAGGCGGAACCUGAUGUCAGCACCCCCUGUGAUGAGACACCCCAAGAUCAAGGAGCCAGAAGAGACGCCUGUGCUCUUGCAGAAACAACACAGUGUUGGCAGCCUCAGACUCUUAAGAAUGUACUACCAGAGACAGUCACUCCUCCAAGAGAAGGAAAGGACGAAAGCGGAACUGCAGAAGAGGGAGUUCCAGCAGUCGAAUGCGUCGGUGGAGAAGAUAAUCUUCCUGCAAAGCCGGCCUCGCCUGCCACAGACGGCCGCCCUGCUGAGCAGCUGCAUUGACGGCUACAUCUACGCCUGGUCCAUCUAUGGGUACGGAGGCCUGCUGGCGAAGUUCCGCGUGGACUCCGAAGACCAAGGAGACGUGACCGUGGGCGCCAUGGCCACUGACGAAAAUGACUGCAUUCUUGUCACAGGGGAUAGUAAAGGGUUCAUCAAGGUCUGGGACAUCGAUGAAUACUGCACAGUCACGGAGGGACAGUCACCUCAACCCAGUGCAAUAAACAAGUUCCAGUUCUUAAUUCCUAAACUGAUCCAGUCCAACAUCCAAUUCAACACCCCCUCGGACCAGAAGGAGGUCAUUGAUGGCCAGACCAUUUCCCUGGCUCCCCCCACGCUUCUGAUGACCUGGAAGGGCCAUUUGGAUAGUGUGGCAGACAUCCUGUAUGUGGACAGCUAUGAGCUGGUGCUUAGUGCAGGCCAUGACCGGGACGUCAAGGCUUGGAGACUCUCCGGCGAUGCCAUUGGGACAUUUGGCCUGCAAGUUUGGAGCAGGCUGAAGACUGUCCAAUAUUUUGUUGAUGAUGAACUACAUAAAAGCUUAAAGAAAAAGAGUGAAUCCAUACACGCCUCCAAGAAGAUCUAUUCGGGGCUGCCGGAGGAGCGGGAUCUUGCUGAGGCCCUGGAUUACCAGCGGCGGGAGGAGGUGGCACUCCUGGCUCUGCUGAACGGGAAAGCAGACACGGAGGCGGAAGCUUGGGCCAACCUGCAGAAGAUAACCCUGGCGUCCCCAUGGGCUGGAGAGCGCUCCCUGGAAGACAUUGAGAACACCUGGCACAAGUGGGAGUCCAAGGACAAGCAGGUGAGCAAAAUCCUGGGAGCCUGGUACAAGCCCAAGGAGCGGUUGCGGAGUCCCGGACUCCUGUCCACCAACGUGCAGCUUGGCCUGACGAAGUCCCAGUUCUCACCUCUGGUCUACCAAAACCUGUACUUCAACGAACUGGCACCCACCCACCAGCCUGACUUCCUGAUGCAGAAGGUCACAGACCAGCAGGGCCGGCUGACCCGCAUGGUGACCCACAACAUCUUUAAGGACCUGCCUCCUCCUAGCAAGGACACGGCCAGCCGGCACACGAGUGUCUCCUCCCCCGCUUCCUUGUUAUCAUCAGCCUCGGGCUCUGGGGUCCAGGCCAGCAGGUUCACCUUCCCGGGGCCCCCGCCCUCCUCUGCCUUGCAGUAGCCCUAGUCAGUCUCCACGGCCCAGUCGGCCCGCUCAGUCCUGUCCCAGGCGUCCAGGCCCAACCUGCAGAGAUCGGCAGUGCCCGCGCCGGCCGGCCGCCUCCUCCCCGAAGCAGGUCUCCCAGCCUCUGAAGGACGCCCCUCUGCGCUCUGUGGAGAAGGGCUUUCCCGUCAGGUGCUGAGGCGGCGCAGCCUUCUCUGCUGUCCUCUGGCAGGACGACCAGGUCCUGCCUGCCCCUGGCAUCCCCCUGCCAGGCCCAGAGGACAGGCUACUUCCCCUGGCUGUCCGCGCUCUGCCUACGACGUGGUGACGUUGACCUUCUUCACCGGAGGCCUAGGAAAGAAAAUAAAUGUUCACUGAUG